AUGUCAGACGAGAACAGCCCAAACCAAAAUUUUGAAGAAUACGACGACUCAACAGACUCGUCCGAGGAAGAGUUUAUACGCCAACAACAGGAGAAGCAACGCUUACACCUUCCAAGGAAGAGUAGUACUAUUCUCAUAGAAAAGACCAAACCUGCUGUUUUAGUUGAAGACAAAGACAUCGACGUCACCGAGUUUGACAGCGACGACGAAGACUUAAACGCUUCGCACAUUUCAGUCUACGAAACAACUGAGAAAUACAAUGUUGCGAUUUCACAGACGCGAGGAAGACGGAACUACAAUGAAGAUCGAACUUGUGCGAAAUCCAUAGACCCAUCAAAUGCACUCUUUGGUGUGUUUGACGGCCAUAAUGGACACGAAGCUGCGACGUUUUGUCGCGAUAACAUCAAACAGAUCUAUCAAGACCAAAGUUUCGACUUAACAAAGACGUUUGAAACGUUACACAAUGAAGUUGCGAAGACGACGGGAGCCGGAUGCACCGCGACUGUUGUUGCGAUCAAAGGCGAUGAAGCCUUUUUUGCGAACGUUGGAGACUCCCCCGCCUUUGUUAUUAAAAGUGACAACUCCAUUGAAAAGAUGUCGUACAGCCACAAAACAAACGACCCUUCUGAAGAAAAAAUGAUUGUUGAGAAUGGGGGAGUGAUACUCAAUUUGUUCAAUACAAAACGAGUCAACGGACAAAUCAUGGUGACGCGAAGUAUCGGAGAUAAGGCGCUGCACCCUCCAUUGUCGAGCACGCCAUCAUUGUAUUCUAUUCCGUUGAAUGAAAUAAAGAGCAUUGUUUUGAUGAGUGAUGGUGUCACUGAUGCCUUGACUGACUUGGAGAUCCGGGACGUUUUGGUGGCCGAGAGUAGUGUUGUCACUAAAGCACAAACGAUUAGAAAUAUUGCGUAUAAGGGCGGAAGCAAAGACAAUAUCUGCGUGGUGGUCAUUGAACUCUAA